CCGCCUGACUCUCUGAUGCAAACAUGGCGUCCUCCGCCUCCGCUGGGACUCCGGCGGGGAAACGGGUGGUGAAUCAGGAAGAACUGAGGCGGUUGAUGAAGGAGAAGCAGCGCCUGAGCACCAACCGGAAGAGGAUAGAAUCCCCGUUCGCCAAGUACAACCGUCUGGGGCAGUUGAGCUGCGCGCUUUGUAACACUCCGGUCAAGAGCGAGCUCCUGUGGCAGACCCAUGUUCUGGGAAAGCAGCACCGGGAGAGAGUAGCCGAGCUGAAAGGCGCCAAGGGAGCAACCCAAGGCCCGUCGGCCAGCGCAGCGCCUCAGCCCAUCAAGAGGAGAGCGACGGAUGUGGAGAGCCAAGACACCAAGAGAGCCAAGGCCUCCGUGGGACCUCAGGUACAGCCCUCCACCUCGGCCUCGUCUGCCACCUUUGAGAAAUCGGGAAAGGAGGCCGCUAGGGCAACCUCCAGUAAACCUUCUGGACUCGGUUUACUCCCUGAUUAUGAAGAUGAGGAAGAGGAGGAGGAAGAAGAGGGGGGUGAAGAAGGAAGGAGGGACAGCAGCAAGCAUUUUACAGAUGCACAGGGCAAAGACAAAGAACACUCGCUUGUUCCUCCGAGGGAGACAACAAGCAAUGUGCUGCCAAACGAUCCCUUUAAUACAAACCCUCCCAAGGCCCCCUUAGUUCCUCAUUCAGGUUCCAUUGAGAAAGCAGAAAUACACGAAAAAGUGGUGGAAAGGAGAGAGAACACCGCCGAAGCAUUACCAGAAGGGUUCUUCGACGACCCUGAGGUAGACGCAAAGGUCCGGAAGGUUGAUGCCCCAAAGGAUCAGAUGGACAAAGAGUGGGACGAGUUUCAAAAGGCCAUGAGGCAAGUCAACACAAUUUCCGAAGCUAUAGUUGCUGAAGAGGAUGAGGAGGGACGGUUGGACCGGCAGAUUGGAGAGAUUGAUGAGCAGAUAGAGUGCUACCGUCGAGUGGAAAAGCUGCGGAAUCGCCAGGAUGAGAUAAAAAACAAACUUAAAGAGGUUCUGACCAUAAAAGAAUUGCAGAAAAAAGAAGAAGAGAAUGUGGACAGUGAUGACGAGGGAGAAUUACAGGAUUUGCUGUCUCAGGAUUGGCGGGUGAAAGGGGCUUUGCUGUAAGGUUUUGAAGAUCCAGGUUGUCCAUCAUUCUCGGCUGCCCCGUAAAAAAGUGCUGUGUCCUAGUACUUGGGUUACUCGGUCCUUGGGUACCCUGAGUUGUUGAGAGAAAAUAAGCCACUGAGCAGUAAUACUUUGGGGAAGGUACUGCGGUGCUAUUUAUUAUAAAAUAUUCAAGGUAAAACAGUUUGUGACAUUUUUGAAAUUAUAACCGCAAAUCGCCAACUUUUUUGCGUUUACAGGCAUAAUGUUGAUUUUUCAGUUGUAAAAUCUUAAAUUGUAAAUACUGUACGUAGCAAAGUAUAUAUUUACAUAAAGUCACUGUUUGAAACUUAUAAAUAGAAGUCAUACAAAAAAGACACACGUUUAUAUGACCUCGAUGUACAUAUAUAUUUUUGAGCCUUAAACUCCCAAGGGUUGGGACUUUGGGGAGGUUAUUUUUAAAAGGCUACUCAUAAACAUAUAUAUUUUUCUUAAA